AUGUCACAACAGACUCUUGAUGAAUUCCAGCGUGGUAAACGACCUGAGAAGUCGUUGCAUGCGUCUCUGCUGUUUCCUGAAAUAGCUCGUAAACUAUCGGACAACCCCACUCUUUUAGGAAACUUGUCUGGUCUCUUUAUUGUCACUGUUCUCAAGCGAGGAGAGAAAAAGGACGAUUGGUACCUACUGUUCCGUGGUCAAGAUGCUAAACCUCUGAUUUCUCAAACUCGUCCGAGUCUUCCACAGCUCAAGGGAAAUGAAAAGCCUCUUCCAAUGGUAGCUGUAGAGAUCGAGGAUCGAGACAUCUACAAGUUCAUUACAGGAGGCAUGCACGGUCUCAAAGCUCUGACUCAAAACCGAGUCAAGAUUGCUGGCGAUCUAUUGCUCGCUCAGCAGCUCGAAGAAGUGUUUUAUAAAACAGGUGGUGUGGAUCAAGUGAGAGCAUUUAUGGAAAAGGCUGCAUCCAGGGAUGCCAACACUCGAUCAAAGCUGUAA